UUAUUCUUAACAAGGCUCAAACUUUGAGCUCGGCUGAUAUGCAAAAGUCAGUUUGAACUUCUGGGUUCUGGUUAGAUUCAGAAUUUAGUGGAGAAUUUCCGAUCAAAUGGCUCUCCUGACUGUUCUUUUCUGCUCUUUGGCGCAUUCAUGAUGCCCAGAUAAGCUCCCAUAGGUGAACCUUGCUUCUGUUCCCAAAAUCUUCGUCUGGGAUCUAACUGUCUUCAUUGAUUUCUUCUUCCAACUUGAAAUCCAAGGAGGAGUGAUGGCUCCAAAUUCAGUUCCAGUGACGAUCGAGACGACCAAGGACUUUUCGUCGUUAAUUGUUGACGAUUCGCAGUCUCCCCUGUUUCCCGAGAAGCAAAAGGGCACAAGUCCCAAGCAGUUCACAUGGGUUCUUCUACUCAAACUCCAUAGAGUUUUCACCUGCUUCUCGUGGCUGACCAUGGCGUUAAAAGCCACGUUUGCGUUGGUCAAGAAACGCAUUUCCUUGUCCGACGUAAGUGAUGAAGAUUCCAAGUACAGAGGAAGGCUCUACAGGUUCAUCAAGAUUUUUCUUGCUCUCUCAGUUGCGGGUUUGGCCAUGGAACUCAUUGCUCAUUUCAACAAGUGGAAUUUGCAUAGUAUGAUUCAGCCAUGGGAAGUUACAAGCCUUCUUCAGUGGUCUUACGUGGCCUGGCUCUCUUUCAGAGAAGAUUACAUUGCACCUGUCGUAGUCUCGGUCUCCAAGUUCUGCAUUGUGCUGUUCUUAAUCCAAUCUCUGGAUCGGCUCGUACUCUGUAUUGGGUGUUUCUGGAUCAAAUAUAAGAAACUGAAGCCCACCCUCGAAGCAGAUGCUUGUGACGUUGAGGACCCUUCAAACUUCCCAAUGGUCCUCGUUCAGAUUCCCAUGUGCAACGAGAGAGAGGUUUAUGCUCAAUCAAUCGGUGCUGCUUGUGAACUGGAUUGGCCAAAGGACCGAAUAUUAAUUCAAGUGUUGGACGAUUCAAACGAUGGACAUGUGCAGCUUCUGAUCAAAGAAGAGGUUUCCUCGUGGAAAGGGAAAGGGGUGAACAUUGUGUACAGGCAUAGACUGAUCAGAACUGGGUACAAAGCUGGGAAUCUUAAGUCAGCUAUGUCAUGUGACUAUGUUAAAGACUAUGAGUUUGUCGCAAUUUUCGAUGCAGAUUUCCAGCCAAACCCUGAUUUCCUGAAACAAACCAUCCCCCAUUUCAAGGGAAAGCCAGAUGUGGGUCUGGUUCAGGCUAGAUGGGCCUUUGUGAACAAAGAUGAGAACUUACUCACAAGGCUUCAGAACAUUAACCUGUGCUUUCACUUUGAGGUGGAGCAACAAGUGAAUGGCCAUUUCCUUAAUUUCUUCGGAUUCAAUGGAACAGCAGGUGUGUGGAGGAUAAAGGCCUUGGAGGAAUCUGGUGGAUGGCUGGAGAGAACGACAGUGGAAGACAUGGAUAUAGCUGUCCGAGCACACUUGAAAGGAUGGAAGUUCAUCUUCCUUAACGAUGUUAAAGUGCUUUGUGAAUUACCAGAGUCUUACGAGGCUUACAAGAAACAGCAACACCGCUGGCACUCUGGUCCAAUGCAGCUUUUCCGUCUAUGUCUCCCUGCUAUAAUAACUUCCAAGAUAACAGCGUGGAAGAAGGCAAACUUGAUCUUUCUUUUCUUCUUACUGAGGAAACUUAUCCUUCCCUUCUAUUCAUUCACAUUGUUCUGUAUCAUCCUGCCCUUGACCAUGUUCAUACCUGAAGCUGAAUUACCCCUUUGGGUGAUCUGCUAUGUCCCAAUUUUCAUGUCUUUCUUGAACAUACUCCCUGCUCCAAAAUCUGUCCCAUUUUUAGUACCUUACCUGCUUUUCGAGAACACCAUGUCAGUGACCAAAUUCAAUGCCAUGAUUUCUGGGCUGUUUCAGCUAGGAAGUGCAUAUGAGUGGGUGGUGACAAAGAAGACAGGCAGAUCAUCUGAGUCAGAUUUGUUAUCCCUGGCUGAGAGAGAAUCAAAGUCCUCAAGUGAAGAUAAAAUCCUGAGGAGGCAUUCUGAGUCUGGCUUGGAGUUACUAACAAAACUCAAGCAAGUGGAAGUAGCCCCUAAGAAGAAGAGAAACAGAAUCUACAGGAAGGAGCUUGCACUUGCUUUUCUUUUACUCACAGCAUCUGCUAGAAGUCUUCUAUCAGCACAUGGGGUUCAUUUCUAUUUCCUGCUUUUCCAAGGACUUUCAUUUCUGAUAAUGGGUUUGGAUUUAAUUGGUGAGCAGGUGGACUGAAAUAUUAAGGCAAGUAAAAUGUUCUAGGAUUGUUGAAGUUCAUAUCUUAUA